UCUGCCGCUCUCGGCCUUGCCCUCUACUACUUCAAUACUCCACAUUCAUCACCUUCAAGCACCGCAGAAGACCCACAAGAGUGUGAACAGCCUCGCCAAGAAGAGCCCACAGAUCACCUACCAGACCCGGACAACAUGAACGCCAGCGAGAGAGUGUUUCACGAACGCUUCAUGCGCGAGGCCAUCGCCAUGGCUGAGCUUGCACUGAAGAGCGACGAGACGCCUGUUGGCUGUGUCUUUGUGAGAGAAGGCGAGAUCAUUGGACGUGGAAUGAACGAGACGAACCGUACCCUUAACGGCACCAGACAUGCCGAGUUCGUUGCCAUCGCGGGCAUCCUCUCCAAACAUCCAAUCAGCAUCCUCAAUGAAACAGACCUCUAUGUCACGGUCGAACCAUGUGUCAUGUGCGCCUCGAUGUUACGCCAGUAUGGGAUCCGAGCUGUGUACUUUGGCUGCUGGAAUGAGCGGUUCGGCGGGACCGGAGGCGUCUUGAACAUUCACUCCGAUCCCAGCAUCGACAAACCAUAUCCUGUCACUGGAGGCAUCUUCAGAGAGGAAGCCAUUAUGCUCUUGAGGAAGUUCUACGUCCAGGAGAACGAGAAAGCGCCCGAGCCUAAGCAGAAGAAGACGAGAGAACUGAAGACGGAGAUUCUGCCCAUGGACAUUCACGCUCCAAAGUCCACGGCGUCGUCGGGUCUCUCCACACCAGCUGUUGCUACGCCGACUCUGCCAAAAGCUACUGUUGCUCUCCCGCUCCUU